AUGGAUCCCUUCCCGCGAAGAUCUGAUGCCAACCAAAAAUUUGAUGAUAAUUACAAGGAAUUAUUUGGAGAUGCACCAGAAACUAUUAGGAAUAGAGAAUCUGAUGUCCACACAGAGUCUGCCUUUAACUUUGGCCAUGAGUUUGGCUUUGAAGCAAUGGAGAAAGGCAACUCUAGAUUCGAUAAUUCACCUGCAAAAAGACUUAAUAGCGAUGAGAUUGAUUUCGAUCCCUAUGAAGAAGAGAAUGAUCCCUUAACAGAAGGAAGUAGUGCUCUUGAGAGUGCAAUGCCUGGCCAAAGUAAAAAGAGAAGAGAACCUGAUCAGCUAGAUGAAAUUAUUCAAAAGCUUCAAAUAAUGACAGUUGCAUAUGGAUUCCCUGAGCCAGGCAACCUAAGAUCUAAAAAUAAAAAGGAAAUUAAGAAGACUAUUAAAUGCUUCAGUGCUAUCCUUCAGCAAAGAGAGUUAGAUAUGAGAUUCAGAAGGACAGUUGGGGAUAAAUUCCGAAAAGUCGAAACCGAACUAAACUCUGAACAAAGAAAGAACCAGACCCUAGUUGAUAAAAUUAACAAACUUGAGAGAGAAGUGGCCACAAAGAAAAACCAAAUUACUACUGCUAAAGACAAGAUGAAGGAUAAUGACACGAAGAAGAAGAUGGAUCUGGUCCAGACUAAAAAGACAGCCAAUGAUCUUAAAAGGAAAGUAGAACUCAUGCAAAAGGAGCUUAAGAGGAAAGACAGGAUCAUUGAGAAGGCUAACGAGAAAAUGAGGAAUAUUAUUGAUAAAUAAGGUUGGAUUAGGCAGAAAUGUUGAUGAUUUCGACUACAGGAAGUACCAAAAUAGCAUUGAAGUAGUCCAAGAGCUUAAACAGGACACAGAAGAUGGCAGCAGGAUGUACCAAUAUAUACCAGAAAGAGAGUUCAUGGAUAUGCAAAAGCAAGGAUUUGAAGAUAAUCAUGAAGAACUACUUGGUGAGAACGAGCACCUAAAAAAUUAUGGUAAAAUUAUCCAAUCUGGAGUUAAUGGGUUCAUCAGAAGUAUAAGCGAACAGAUUAAAGAGAUGGGUGGAGAUCCGAAAAUAGUGUCUAUCAUCCUUGAUGAAAGAGAUAAGAUGUCUGAAAUUCUAUCUCAAAGAUUGUAAUUUUCACCAGAGUUACCAAAAGUAUUUUUCAGAUGCAAACAUAUUGAGAAUCCAUAAAAUUUCA